AUGUUGGCCGAACCCGUGCCCACACGUGAAUCCAAGCUGGAUGUGGAGAAAGUGGUUUGGGUUGUUGUCCUCUUCUCCACCGUCACCAUCCCUUUCCUUAUGACACUCAUCGCACUCAUUCAUAUAGACGACUGUCCGCAUCAAUCCUAUAUCCCGAUUGUGAUCCUAAUGUCUGGCGUAUCGAUGAGCUUAAGUAAUAUCAUAAACACUGCCGACAAGUAUUCGCCGCCCAAACAGUCCAGUUAUAAGCGACGCAAACGUAUUGUGGGCGCCCUUAACCUCAUCACCAACUGCUUCACUGCCGCCACUUUUAUAGCCGGCGGUAUAGGAGUGUACGGAAAGGGUCAGCCCUCGUAUGACAAGUCGAGUCCCGACUACUGUAACCCAACGCUAUAUAAACCCCUAAAAUACGUUAGUAAUGCUAACACAACGGACACGUCCCUCAAAACAGGCAAAACUCUGUUAGAAAUGGUAACGACAUAUGUGUAG